AUGGAGACUGAACCAUGGGAAGUGCUUGUGCACAAGAAGCAACUUGAGGAUGCUGCUAAAAUACCAACUCAAUGGCGAAUUCCGGAACAACUGGCCCAGAUAUCCGAGACAUCUGGCAUGAAUGUGCUAGAUGUUCCACGCCAGUCGGGAAUCUUGUCAGCAAGACAACUCGAGAUAACCGAGAAAUAUGAUGCAACGGAUCUGCUCGCCAAGAUCCAUUGUCAAGAGCUCUCUGCCUAUGAGGUCACUGAAGCAUUUUGCAUUCGUGCUGCGAUUGCACAGCAAGUGACUCGAUGCCUCACCGAGACUUUCUUUGAUCGUGCCUUGCAGCGCGCAAAGGAUUUGGAUGAGAUAUUAUCGAAAACAGGGACACCUGUUGGGCCUUUGCAUGGGUUGCCCAUCAGUUUCAAGGAUUGUUUCAACAUUGAUGGUGUUCCGUCCACGAUUGGAUUUACUUCGUUUAUCAAAAAUGGCCCUGUGAAUUCAACUUCUCCCGCAGUUCAGAUUCUGCUCAACCUGGGAGCUAUCCCGUAUGUGAAGACGAAUGUUCCCCAGACGAUGAUGGCUGCUGAUUCGCACAAUUUCGUAUUCGGCCGGACCCUCAAUCCUCAUCGAUCGAAUCUUACCGCUGGGGGGUCGACUGGGGGAGAAGGGGCACUGAUUGCUAUGAGGGGAUCGGUGCUGGGUGUUGGUACAGACAUUGCUGGUUCCAUUCGAAUCCCGGCUAUCUGCAACGGGAUCUACGCAUUGAGACCUUCUGCGGACCGCAUUCCAUAUGGGGGACAGACUAGCUCUGCUCGUGGAGGCUUGGCUGGGAUCAAGGCUUGUGCAGGACCCUUGGCAACAUCAGUCAGAGACCUGGAGCUGUUCAUGAAACUGGUGACUAAUGCAGACCCAUGGCAAUUUGAUUCUUCGGCUUUGUUUUCGCCAUGGCGCAUCAUUUCCCCCAAGUCCUCCCUGCGACUCGGGUUCAUCGAGGAGGAUCCCCAUUUCCCUCUGCAUCCACCGGUUUUGCGAACUCUUACAAGGGCAACUGAAAAGCUUCAAGCAGCUGGGAAUGAGAUCAUCCCCCUGAAAACCCUGCUUAUUCGAGAUGCCUGUGCGCUGGCAUUUCGCAUGUACUCGAUGGAUCCAGCUCAGACUCCGUUUAAGCACAUUACUGCCAGUGGGGAACCUACCAUCCCUGCUUUGGCAUCGACAUCUCUUCACCAUAGCUCCAUGCCAUAUGGGUAUGCCCCAUUGACACUUGAAGGGUUGUAUGACCUCAACGAGGAGCGCAACUACAUCAAGGAAGAGUUCCGCAAUCUCGUUAUGCAGGAAAAAGUCGACGCCAUUAUCAUGCCCGGCUAUCAAGGUACCGCUCAGCCUCAUGAUCUGUUUGGCUUUGUGCCCUACACUGUGCUUUGGAAUGUGAUGGAUUACCCGAGCUGCAUCAUUCCGCAUGGAAAGGCGAACAAGAGCGCCGACAAGACAUUCAUUCGGAGUGUGAACUACAAACCACCCUACGUGGCUGAUGACAUAGAGGGGGCUCCGUGCUGUGUGCAGCUCGUUGGUAGGAACAUGCAUGACGAGGAAUUGGUGAAAGUGGCAGAGCUUGUGUCUAAGACACUGGAGCUUUGA